AUGACAAUACUGCAUUGCAUCAAAGACGAUGGCAGUAUAGACGCCAAUAUCCUCUCCUCAGAGUUUAAUACGAUAUGCCGAGAACUUGAAUAUCAGGUUGAUACGGGCAAGGACCUUGCGAAAUGUAAGGAUGAUCUUUCCUCGGUCUCGAAACAGUUGACUUCAGUGGCUCAUAACCUUUCGUCUUUCGAUCAAGAGUUAUAUUCAACCAAGAUCGAUCACUUGUCGAAAAAAAUUACCAUUAAGCAAUUAGAGACCAGUAACAAAGACGACCGUAGAGCAAAGUGGAAAGCUAGAGGCCGUCCAUCUGCUAAGACUUCAGCAGCUGUAAUGGACAGUUCCCUAGAAAAUUCAAAGAAACUGGAUGCUGUUACCUCUCCCCAGCUCAAAGAUACUACGAUAUAUUACGACAUAUCUGAAAACUCUUAUCGAAACCUUACGAAUUGCACGCUUAAAUACACAGGUACUGAACCAUUGCAAGAAUUUGCAACUCUGUCAAUCCAGGAUGUCCAUAAAUCAAUUGUGUACUUCAACAUCUUGCCGUUUAAUCAGGGAAGUCUUCUUCUUGAAAGAUUCGGCCACUGUAAAAUAGUGAUAAUAACACCAAAGAACAGCAAUCUUCAACUUCGGUUACAUGAAAUGCACAAUUGCCAACUUUACAUAAGGGAACAACACCCUGGCCAGAUCCAAGAUAUCAUCAUCGAAGACUUCUCAGAUUGUGUUUUCCACGAGGAUACUGAGAAAUUCGUUCAUAUCCAUAAUUUCAAUCGAUUAAACUUACAAAACAAGGAAACUAACGGAGGGUAUACAUUCGGAAACUUCCCGUACGAAAUAGGUUCCCUAAUCCCAUGA